AUGGCGCCUUUCAAAUUCGUGAAAAAAAGCUCUAAAGAGAAGGCAAAACAAGAACCUGUUGCGGCGACAACUACAACAACAACAACAACAACAACAGCCCCAUCUAUCACAACGGCCAAACAACCAAUUAUUCCACCACACAAUCCCAAGCGUUUUGUGCAGAGUGAAAAGCGGCCAACGUCUAGUCUCCCGGAGCCUAGUGCCAUGCGAAUCUUCCCCACGCCGGUCCCUGCCCAGCAGCGAAAUGUUUCUAGUGCUUCAACGCUGCAACAACAGGCAGAAUACACGCCAUGGCUGAGAAUAAAGCUUUCCAACUCGCCCUUUCCACGCUACCGCCAUGUAGCGUCAGCAUACACAUCUGAACAAAACCAGAUCUUUGUCAUAGGUGGUCUGCACGAUCAAUCAGUUUACGGAGACACCUGGAUACUCUCGGCUCUCGAAGAAGGCACAAAAUUCUCGUCAAGAACCAUUGAAAUAAGUGAUUUCACACCUCCUCCUCGCGUGGGCCAUGCUUCUACGCUUUGCGGUAACGCCUUUGUCACCUUUGGGGGUGACACUCACAAAGUCAAUAGCGAAGGACUGAUGGACGACGACAUCUACCUAUUCAAUAUAAACUCUUACAAAUGGACGAUCCCCAAGCCAGUGGGUCCAAGACCGCUAGGCAGAUACGGCCACAAAAUAAGCGUCAUUGCCACCUCCCAGCUUAAAACAAAGCUAUACGUCUUUGGUGGUCAAUUUGAUGACACCUAUUUUAACGACCUGACCGUAUUUGACUUGUCAUCAUUUCGACGCCCAGAUUCGCAUUGGCAAUUCAUAAAGCCUAACACUUUCAUCCCACCGCCAUUGACUAAUCACACAAUGAUAUCCUAUGAUUUCAAGCUAUGGGUCUUCGGCGGUGAUACGCCACAGGGGCUAAUAAAUGACCUCUUCCUUUUCGACCCGCAAGCGAACGACUGGCGAGUCAUCCAGACAACAGGAGAAAAGCCGCCUCCUGUACAAGAGCAUGCUGCCAUUCUGUAUGGUGACCUCAUGUGUGUAGUGGGUGGUAAAGAUGAACAGGAUGUUUACUCGAACGAUGUUUACUUUCUGAACUUGAUCUCUUUGAAGUGGUUUAAGCUGCCAACGUACAAGAUAGGAAUUCCGCAAGGGCGCUCAGGUCAUUCUUUGACGUUACUUCCUAACAAUAAAUUACUGAUUAUGGGUGGUGACAAGUUUGAUUAUGCGAGACCUGACCCCAAAGAUUUCCACACCGCUGAGGUAGACAUGAGUUGCGGAACAGUUCUUUACUCGUUGGAUCUGACACGGCUGAGAGAAAGUAUUCCUGGUGUUUUCGACUCAAAUGUUGCAGGCGCUUCUCGGAAACCCCGAGAACCGACAUCUCCCCCAUCCAAUGGUCGUGUUAUUCCUCAUCAACAGCAGAAUAUUCUCACACCCUUCAGCGAGAGAUACCAAACGCCCAAAAAUGAGCAAGGUGGUUUCGUUACUGCGGAAAACUAUGCUUCACCUACUAAUGAAAGAGAUGCGGCACCUCCUGUCUCUGAGGAUAACCAUAACGAACUCAGGGGCUCGCAGACUGCACAAGAUAUCAAAAAACCCACUUCUCCUAUUCCGCUACUGAAAACUAAUCAGUGGAAUGGUCCUCAAAGCCCUCCUCCACGUGUGGUAUCUUUGAGUUCAGGCAACGAGUCCGAUCUCAAUACUUCAAGGGGACAUGACAGUCAACUUAGCAACGACACUAGUGAGGAGUACGGCGUUGCCUUGAUCGGUAAUUCACCCUCACGCCCCGUGAUUAGAGAAAGCAUAAUACCUGAAAACGAAACGCUUGAGAACUUACCUAGUCGGAAUAUGCCCGAAGACUUGACCCCCAAAAGCGAAGAUUUCAAACGCACAAUUCCGGUUUCUGGUGGUAAUAAUGGUAUGUCUUCGCCAAUGGAGAAAGAUCCUCAGGGAUCCGUGACUAAGGUGACGAGAGACAUGAUUAAUGCCUUGAAACUGGAGCUCGGCGGCUUGAGAACGGAAGCUGAAAAAAGUGCGCAAUCCGCUAGUGAACGUAUAAAGGAGCUUGAAAUUGAGAAUGGAAAACUGAAGGAAAGCGAUAGCGUCGGAACACGUCUGGUCAGAUUGCAAACAGAUUUUGACAUUGCAGUGGCUGAUAAAAAGGCUCAUGAAGAUAGGGUGAGUGAAUUGGAGGAUCUUCUGUCUAAGAAAUUUUUAGAUGUAGCUCGCUUGCACGACAUCAUACAAGUUCAGAGCAACAAGUUAAGCACGUUUGAUGAAGAAGGAAGUACAAAAGAAAAACAUGACGAGCUGGUAUUGAAAUACGAGCAACUGCUCAAAAAUCAUGAAGCUUUGAAAGCUCAAGAUCGAGAGCAAACAAAGAGUCUGCAUACCACCAUUGAACAAUACAAUGUGCAACUUAAUGAUUUCCUGGCACAGACCAAGAGAGGAGACCAGGAAGAGAAAAGCAUCUUGAUUUCUGAUCACCACCAGAAACUUAUUAGCGAUCUAAAAUCUAGCUUAGAGAAAAUGGCUACCGAAAAAGAGGAAAGUGAAAACGCAAAGAAGAAACUUUCACAAUCGGUUCAAGACCUGCACGAUAAGAAUGAAGAACUCGAGGGCAAGGUCAAGAAUUUGGAACGCAAUUAUGAGAGCAGUGUCAACUCAGUGAACUACGCAAGCAGGGCACUUGAAAUAUCUCAGGACGAGCUAAACAAGUUCAAGCAAGAAAACAAGCGGCUGGCCGACGAGCUGGAGGAGCUCAAGUACAAGUCCACCGAUCGCCGUGACGUAAGUCUCACGUCCAAUGACGAUUCUAUCUUGAGCGCUGGUGGAAGCGCACCCGGUUCAGAAGCGCGAAACGAUAUGCGUGACGCUCCGUACCGCUUGAAGAUCAAAGAUCUGAAGGCAGAGCUAUUUAUCAUAAAGCAGGAAAGAGAUUCUAUGAAUGAUAAUCUGAUGGAAUUGAAGAAAAAGCUGCUGCAUUUCGAGAAUGAGGAUGAUUAA